CUACAACUGUGAGGUUGGAGUACACUGAAUAUAUGAUUUCUAUUGGUCUACCCAACCCAGUGAAUAUUUCAAGUAACAUUGUUCACAGCAUCCAGAGUGCAACUGUUGCACUGCUGAAUGGCCAGAGGGGAGAUGUGGUUUCCCUAAAGGAAGCUAACCUUUCAACUGCCUUUGGUCUUCACAUAUCAGCGACUGAUCAUUUUGUGGUAAUUUCUGGAAACAGCUCUUUGGCAAACUAUGAAGUCAUUCUUUCUUCAUUUCAAUUUUAUAUCGAUCUUCCAAGACCUGCAAAUGUGUCUGCAAUUCCAAGGCUGGUUGAUUUCUUUGUCUCUGAUGGAAAAACUCUAAACAGCACAGCUACUGCAUUGGUGACAAUCAUUCCAAUUAAUGAUAGACCAUUUGUUUACUUUAAUAUUUCUGAUCUCCAACUCACUCUGCUGGAGGAACCUCAAACUCACAUUGCUAAGUAUUGGGUUGGAAGUCACAGUGUUCCACUAAUACCACCCGAUACUAUUGUUGACGAUGUUGACAGCACAACAGCAUGGGAAGUUAAUAUCUCACUAAGCAGAAAGCAUCCUGGAGACAGUCUCAACAUUGACAGAGAACUAGCCACAGCUCUCAAUGUGAAUAUCAGUGAGACAAUUGAUGAAGGACUUGUUACUGGUUUUAGGAUUUUUGGAAUAGCUUCAUUUGAUGACUACAAAAUGAUUUUACUGACAUUAAAUUACACAAUAGUAGCAAUCAGGUCAACACUUUCCAGAGAUCAGCUUACAUUAGAUGGUGUUUAUCAAGGGGCAGACUCUUCUAUUGAGCUGUCUGUCUCAGACUCAGAUUAUGCCCGUAGCCUUCCAGCACAUGUCAUUGUGCAGAAAUGUGAUCAAUGUCGUCCUCUUCGGUGCAGUACCAUUGAGGCUCCACCUAAUGGAAUGAAGACUGGAGGGACAUCAACUUGUGACAACACUGUAACUUUUACUUGUGAUGAUUGCUAUAAUAUGACAAGUGGAUCAGUGAAUCGUACUUGCCUUGAUCACUCUUGGACUGGAGAACAGCCAACUUGUGAAAUAAUUGAUUGUGGUAUGCCACAUGACAGUGAUAUUCUUAAAUAUCAAUCUGCUACAGUGGAAAGAACUACAUGUGGUGGAAGUGUCUCGUACUCUUGUAAUGAAUGCUACAACAUGACAGGUGCAAGUGUGCGAACUUGUCAACAAAGUGGGACCUGGAGUGGCAUUGUGCCCAAUUGUACACUUGUUUACUGUUCUUCUUUGGAUUGUCCUCAAAAUGGACAUGUGUCAAUCUCUUUAAUGCAACACUGUGGGUCACCUGCUCGUUGUGGCUCAGCUGCUCGGUUUCGGUGCAACCCUGGUUUUGCUGUUCUUGGAUCAGUCUAUCAAGAUUGUAGAGUAACUGGCAAGUGGCAUGGAGUGCCACCAUCCUGUCAUGAAAUUGGGCAAUUACAUUUGCAACUUUUGGAAGCUGGGACUAAUGAAAAAUUGAAUGAUGCGGAGUUGGCAAUUUAUAUUAUUGACCAGAAAUCUGUCUCUUUGUACUAUCACAUAAGUGCUAAAGACUAUGAACUACUAAUUUCUAUUCCUGCUGAAGUGCAUGUGCUGGUCAAAGUGGAGGCUGAUGGAUACCUUCCCACAAGUGCAUCACUCUUCUUAAACCAUUUUACCGAAAACUUGCUACAAGUGUAUAUGCAUCGACAGUCUGUACCUGUAUCAGUUCGAUACAUAGCUGACACUAAUCAUGAUAUUCUAUUUGAUACUGCGAAUGGUAUGUUGAGGCUUUUUAUACCUGUUGGUGCUUUCAGUGUGACAUCACAGACAGUGUUGAAUGUAACGAUAACUUCUUUUGAACUCGCUGAUUCAAUUUCUGGUCUGCCUCAGCUGUUUGGAGUGAAUGAAGGGGAAGAUUCAUCUCGAGUCAAUAUUAUUGUUUAUGCUGCAGUUCAUGUUGAUGUUCGUGUUGCCAAUGACAGUGGUGUAAAUGUGGAAUUACUGAGGGCCAUACAUUUGUACAAUGUUACUUUAACUAAUCAAUACAGUUCUGCAGAUGGUCCACUGUCUACUUGGGUAUAUGGCAAUAAUAUCUCUGACCUUGGUUUAUGGAAACAAAAUGGUAUGCCUGUGUUGACAGAGAAGACAUCUGCGAACAUAGAGAUUUUUCAACUUGGCUGGUGGGCACUGGCUACAGAGUGGACUGACACUGGUUGUGUUACUGUUAGGGUACAGUACUCAUCAAGUACUACAGCAUUGUGGCUAAGUGGAAGCACGGUUUCAGUAACAGGCAUUGACUUCUCAUAUGCUACCGUUAGAGAAACAAAUGAAAAGGGGGAAGCAUGUGUAGAGCUACGUAGCAAUCAUUCUCAUGUUCUUCAAGUAGUAAAUGCUACCCGUGGCCUUGACAGUGGUCCCAUUCUAAUAAACAUCUCAAAUUCUGGUCACUGUGAUGAUAAGCAAAGAUGGUUGACAAGCAUAGCUGAAGGAUCGAACUGUUCUACUUUUGACAUUCAUUUUGCUUACUGUGGCGAUCUUACAACACCUGCUCAUGGAAGUAAGGUGGGUAUGGCAGUAGUGUCUGUGCUGGGAGAUGUUAAUAGACCUGCUGUCACACUGUUUGAAUGUGACAUCGGAUAUCAUAUGGGUGAAUUUGCUGAGACAACACAAUCAAAGCGAAUUUGUUUGGCAAAUGGAUCAUGGGAUGGCUCUGAACCUGAAUGUAAAGUGGUAAAUUGUAAAGAACUGGAAACACCAACCAAUGGUAAAAAAGAUGGGUUUCAUUAUUCAUAUGGUCAAACAAUCAGAUUUAAGUGUAACCCUGGCUACCACUUGGUUGGUACUGCUAUUCGUACAUGUCAAGCAAAUGGUGAAUGGAAUGGUACUUCUACCACAUGCAAACCAAGGGACUGUGGUCCAUUUCCUUCUGUUAAAAAUGGCUCAAUCAUUGGAAACAGCACGAAAUUCCCAAACAGUCUUUCUGUUUUUUGUAAAGAGGGCUAUGAAGUAAUUGGUUUGUCAACUGUUACAUGUAGAGACAAUGGAUUAUGGAAUCCAUCAGCUGCAAACUGCAACCGUAUUAGUUGUGAGGGAUUACCAGCUAUUGAAAAUGGCAGAAAGAAUGGUAUUGCAAGUAGUAAUGAGUUUGGAUUCACCGUCCAGUUUACGUGUGAUGAUUGCUAUGGGAUGCGGGGAUCAGCUAGUAGAACUUGCCAAGCUAACAAAACAUGGAGUGGUACUCAGCCUACAUGUAAUCUUAUUAACUGCACUGAGCUGGAGAAACCAGAGUUUGGGCAGAAGGAUGGAGAUGCCAAUUCUUGCUCAUCAAUUGUCCACUUUAGUUGUAUUCGUGGCUAUAAACUUGAAGGAUCAUCUUUUCGAAAAUGCCAAAACAAUGGAACGUGGAGCGGUCAGCAACCAGUGUGUAAAUUGAUUUUGUGUCGAGCACUGUCAUCUCCAGUGAAUGGCUUUAAGAUAGGAAGUGAGAGGGUGGUGGACGCUGUGGUAGCAUUCAACUGCAGUCGGUGUUAUCAGUUGCAUGGUCAACAUAAUCUUACAUGCCUCCAAGAGGAACAUUGGAGUGGAGAAGAACCAAACUGCAACUUGAUUCGUUGUGAUGAAUUGUCAUCUCCUGUUAAUGGCGGAAAAAUUGAAGAUGGACAGAAUUGUGGAGAUAUUAUACGGUUCUUUUGUAAUGGCGGGCAUGUUCUUGAUGGAUCAGAAAUUACUGAGUGCUUGGCAAAUCGCAGCUGGUCUAAUGAUCCACCAUCUUGUAGAGUCGUGGACUGUGGAGAGCCUGAGUCUGUGGGGAAUGGGCUUCCAGCAGUUGGAAAUUCUACUAUUGUAGGAUCAGUGAAAAAGUUUGCUUGUAGAGAAUGUUUUGAACUGGAGGGCUCACAGUUCCGAUAUUGCCAAGAAGAUGGUCAGUGGAAUGGCUCGGUACCAACUUGCAAUGUUGUGAAGUGUCCUUUAUUGUUUGCUCCUAACCAUGGUGUGAUACAUGGCUCACAGAGAUAUUGGGAAUGUAAUUCAACUGUGACAUUCUCCUGUCAGCCAGGAUAUCAAUUAACUGGAAAUAGCGGCAGUACGUGUUUAGACAGUGGCAACUGGAACAGUUUAACUCCUGAGUGUACCAAUAUUAAUGAAUGCAUUUCUAACCCUUGUCAGAAUGGGGGUACAUGUAUUGAUGAAAUUGAUGGUUAUACUUGCUUUUGUGCUCUUAACUUUGUUGGAGAUUUAUGUGACAUGCCUGCAGAUGUAGGUACAUGUGCUGUCCAAGAUUGCAAUACGUUUGUGGAGAAGGCAACAGAGUCUUUUAAGUGCGAUGAGACUUCAUACAUUCAGGAAUUUUUGUCUCCGUUUUGUGGUUUUACAAGUCGUAUAUUGACAGGCAGUGAUGCCAGAAACUGGGCAAGAUCUGCUUGGGGCUGCUUGGUCAAGGUUUCAGUAUCAGCCAUUGAGAAUUUAUAUGGUGGCUCUCAGUCAACACCUCUUGGUUUAGAAUGUCAAGAGUUUGAUAGAAUUGCAUUUGAUGGUCAAAAACAGUGUUUACAAGAAGAUUUGUGCAGCACUGCAUUUACCACAAAUGAUGCAGCUGAUUUGGUCAAUGUUUUAGAAUCGUCUAACAUAUUUCGUGAUCGCAAUUUUAACCAGAUGUUAGAUCUUCUGAAGACGUGUGGGAAAACUAACAUGAUGGUUGCAUCUCUUCGAGAUGAGAUGGAAAAGCGAGGAUUUAUUUUUUGUGUUACUGUUGACAGUAUAGAGCUUGCAGCAUCUAUUUUGAGGCAGUUUAGAGAAUUGAUUACGUUAUUGCUUUCUAGUGUGGGCAGUGGUGGUGAUGGUGGUGGUGGUAGUGGUAGUAAUAGUGAUGUUUCAGAAGUAUCUAAUGCUGCCAGUGUAUGUGAGUUAUCAGGAAGACGUAUUUCAAAAAGGAGUCUCUCUCAUGUUCGUCUAAGACGCAACACACCGAAUGAUACUGAAACUGAACCAGUUGUUGUUGCCAUUCGUAGCAAUGGAACGGCAGCAAUUAGCCAUGAAACUUUGUGUAACAUGCAAAUUUCUACAAAUCUUUCUUUAUCUUGCCCUGUUUGUGGUGAUGGUGUCUUACAGUUGCCGUCUGAAGUUUGUGAUGAUGGAAAUGAUCAGUCAGGUGAUGGGUGCUCUUCAAAUUGCACAACAGAAAGUGGAUAUGGUUGCAACACUAUUGCAUUGCAGACUACACAGUGUAAACAACAAAUAUGUGGUGAUGGCAUGAGAGUGCCAGGAGAAGAAUGUGACAAUGGGGAUGAAGUUGGAUGUGACAAUUGUACACUUAGUGCUGGAUUUGUUUGUUUUCAAAACAAUUUAUUCAACAAAAGUUUGUGCACAGAAUGUGGUAAUAAUAUCAUUGAUGAAGGUGAAGAAUGUGACAAUGGUUUGAGUGUUCUGCCGGAUGGAUGCAAUGAUACUUGUCAUCAACUCCCCUUUUUUAUUUGUUAUGGAAAUUUUCAAGAGAAAAGUGUAUGCAGACACUUCAACAUUGACUUAGACAAACUUGACAACACUACACGGAAUCUAGAAAUUGUUUACUCUCAAAGUCAUAAAGUGGUUUUCUUAGUUGAUAAUGAAACACUGGAUGCUAGUGAAUAUGGAAAUUAUGACUGGAAGAAGGUACAAGUGACACUGACAUGGGCAAACAGUGUGUUUCAAGAAAAGAUUGGCGUUAUUGCUGCUCUAGAUGCUGCAGUUUCUGGUGGAAGACUAAGUGAAUUGGAAAGAAACACUCUCGGCACCGCUGUAUUUGAACAAGAUUUUACUGAUGUAGACCGUGGAGAGAAGUCUAUCUCAAUUGAACGCAAAGAUGAGAAAGAGGCAAACUUGACUCACGUGCUAUUUUCGCUGUUCUAUAGGCAUGAUGGUCAACCUGAUUACAAAACAAGACGGAUACUUAUAGAAGUGUUUGAUGUGAAUGGCUUGUCUGCUGAUGCUGUUGAAGUGAUGUUGUCUUACGUCGGUGAGAAUCUCAACCCACCUGUCAUUGCUAUUGAACAAAACUCAGUCACAUUUGUGGAAGGCAGUGAUAGGUCAGUUUCAGUAACUGAAAUAAGCUUGAAUCUUUCUGAUGUUGACCAUGAAUAUUACAAAAUGCAGUCAGGUAAGGUUGCAAUUCUUCAGCCUGGAAAUGCAGAACGUCUCUAUUUGACAAUGAUGUAUCCAGGCAUGGAAAUUACUACAAAAAAUAAUGGAACUGUUAUUGAAAUUAGUGGUAGUGCCAGCACUGCUGUGUAUGCUGAGAUUUUCAACAAUGUCUCUUACUUCAACUGGGAGAGAAAUAAAGCAGAAACAACAGAGACAAUUGUUCAGUUUGAAGUGUCUGAUGGUGUCAAUGUAGGGUUGUCUGCUGUGAGCAUCAUUGUAGUAGCAGUGAAUGAUGGCCCUCUUGUUGACCUUGGCAUAGGAGUCGGAAAAAGUGACGGAGUUGAGUUUAUUGAGCAGCAAGUAACAGGGGUACACAUUGUCAGUCGGCCAUUUGCACUCAAGCUUAGUGAUCCUGAGAAUCAUUCCAUUACAUCAAUUUCCAUUGCUCUGAGAUCCAACUCUGCAACAACUCUGGACACUAAGGAGUUAAUUUACUAUUUGGAUGGACGUCCACCAGGAAAUGUGAAGUAUCUUCCUAGUCCUUCAGCUAGGUUCAUGAUGUUUGAAGGCAUAGCUCCUGUAGAAGUGUAUGAGUAUAUUUUGACAAGAGUUUUUUAUGCCAAUAUGGAGGAUGAACCAAUUGUUCAUUUAAACGACAGCACAACAGAAAUGAUCCAACGAUUUAUUGAGAUCAAUGUGACUGAUGCUGGAUCUCCCCCUGCUAGUAGCAUUGCUCUGUCAUAUGUUCACAUUGUGUUUAAGAACGAUCAUCCACCCAUGCUUGCAUUACAAGUAACUGACAACUGUAUUGUGAGCACAGUGGAUAGUGGAAGUCUGAUAGGUGAUAGAAAACGCCGAGAAGCUGGAAAUCCUGUAGAAAAAUUUGAAUUGUCUGAUGACAACAAAGAUAAAAGAAGGUCAAUUCGUCAAUCACCAUCAGUCGUAUCAGUGGAAGCAGUAGCUUUAGUUGAUGGUUUCAUUAGUGCUGGUUCUUCAUUACAUAUCCGGUUUUCUCACAGUACCAACAUGCCUUCUGUUCUUGAUCAGUCAGAUCUUUACAAGAUUAUUUCACUGUCUCCACCAUCUCUUCAUGAAGCUUCUACAGUAGCUGGGUGGAAAGAUAAUCGCACGCUUGUUGUUGUGUUUCCCUCCUUUCAGAAUGGGAUAACAAGCAUGGAGAACAUCUCUGAACACAACAUCACUGUCUCAUUUUCUCAAUCAUCAGAUUCAUGUGGUGGUGGAGGGUCUUGUGUUCAUGCCAUUUGUCAUGCUGAAGGUAAUUCUUGCCAUGUCACGGGCUCUUACAGGAUUGGUCAUUCAAAUGUCAAGGAUGUAACACACUCUGCACUCUUUCUUUUCGGUCUCCUGCUCUUGACAUUGGUUAUAGUAGCAAUAUCCUCAUUUUGGAAGUGGUUGAGAGAGUUGCUGUCGUUUGGCCGUUCAGAAACAGUAGAGCCUGUCGAUAAGCAGACAUUUCCAUAUGUUGUGCCCCCAAGAUUGUCUUCUGGAAUUUCAUGUGAUACUUCUGUCUCUAAACGAGCAAUUUUACCACAAUCAGGAAAUCAUUAGACUGACUGGUGUACAGAAAAGCUUGUCAACUGCGUAUCGAUACAGUUUAUAAUUAGAAUAGUUUGUUGUGUAUGUGUACUGUUUUGUGUAAGUAUGAAUGCACAAGCAUGGCAGCAUGUCCGUUGUCUAGUACGUAAAGCUAUAUGAUCUAGAUAUUUAUCAUGUGAGAAGACUUCCAUAUCAAAAA